AUGGAGGUGAUUCAGCUUGCCGCUGGGACUGCAGGCCUGCCUCCCAAGCACAGAGCUCGACAUCAACUGCAACGACCAUCUCAUGUUUCCUUAUUAAUAUCUUCAAAUUCCGUAAAUAAUGUUAGCCCCCUUCUUGUAUCUUCCCCAAUUUCUUUCCGGUAUUCCUGUGCUUCUUCGUCAUCUGCGUCAUCUCUUCCAUCUGCAUCUUCCCCCUUUUUCCUGAACGACGAAAGUGACGAAUUCGAAGCUGAAGAGGUAAGCAGCCGAAGCAACACACCAUCCCCCUGUGAGCUUCCGGCGUAUAUAACUUCGACCACUGCCACUCCAGCUGUCGAGUAUCGUCGUUCGAAUUAUCGUUCUUCUUUAUCUCGACCUAUUUCGUACCGUAGUCCUAUAGCUUCCAAAAAGAGCGUUUCUGCUGUGCCUUGUGAUACCACCGCUGGCGUUUCCGGGUAUUCCAAGGCUUGUGUGACAAAGACAAGGCCCAAUCUUCGACCCUCUACACUUUCACCGUACGACCACAAACCCGACCAAUUCGAUACCAAUUGCUUUGGUAGUUCUUCUUCUUCUUCUUCUUCUCAAGGAGCAGAUUCUGGGAAUAGGUCAAGCUGGUACAACCCACUGCUAUCUGAAAGAUUUCAGUUAGAGUACGUGGACGAACACGCCGAGGAUCUUGCAGACGAAUUUGAUUCCUGCGAUUCGUCUGAUACAGAAGGACCGGCCGACGAUAAACCAGUUUUCCAGGCUAUUCAAGAGUCAAUUCUAUUUUUCAAUACCAUCUCUGACAUUCCAAUCCCUGCGUUCGUGGAAAACGCCUCCUAUUUCCAGAAUCCGCUAGCGCCAAACAAACCAAAUUCUCAGUCUCUAGCACUUCCAAAGGAAUCAACUGGCUCCCGGACGUCAUCACCAUCCUCAGUUAAGCGUGGCCACGUCAAGAAACCUUCAUUGGUAUCUCUUGACAAAGUUGCCCAGAAUUCUUCACCCAUUCUUGAACAGGAUCCUGAUUUUCUUGACGACUCGGAAUCCUUAUAUAACUUUUCAUACCCUAGUGGUUCUGCCAGCACAUCAAUCACUUCGGCAUCCCUCUUUCCUUCUAAGGAAGCAGCCGAAGCAUACGCCAGGGCACAAAUCGACCUUGAUAUAGAAGCUGCUAUAAACGAGAGUACACGUCUGGAAGAAGAAAGAAAAGCUAGAGAGGCUGAAGAAGACGCCGAUUUCUUGAGGGCAUUACACGAAAGCAUCAUCGCUGAGAAGGAAGCACAAGCUAGAAGAGAAGAUCUUGAAUUUCUAGACCAACUUUUCAGCAAAAAGAGGCCUGUGUCUCCGCUCAGUGAUUGCAGUAGUAUCUCUUCUAGUUCUUCCGUCUAUUCAUCCUGUAGGAACUCUACAAUCUUGACUGUACUAUCACCUCGUCCUUCAAGGUCCCCAAUCAAAGCCCACCCUCCAACAGACACGUCAUCCGAUAUGCCGUCUACACCGGAGGAAGUUCCCACUCCACUGUCACACAGCUCGCGAGAGCGGCCAAUAUCUGCAGUUCGUGAGAAGAAGCCAAAGUCCAAAGGGUCUGCUGCCGAUCUUUACGAGAUCUCAAAAGACAAACUAGGCCUUCGUCCUACGCUGCAGAGAGCCCAUACAUCGACAGGUGGAGGCUUUAGGAGACUCCUUGGGCUCAGCGGGAAGAGUAGCCAUGCAGAUAACAAUGAAGAAGAGAGACUUCAUGCAAAGUCUUCACGUUCAAGCAAAAACCGUGAUGAGAGACCUCCCAUGGACCGCACUGCUAGCGAACCUAGUACCCCUCGGAGCGAGCGACAUCGCCACCAUCGACAUCAUAGCGACGGAGUAGAAAGGGAUAGAGAAAGGGAUAAGGAAAGGGAUAGAGACAGGGAUAGAGAAAGGGACAGAGAAAGGGAUAGAGAAAGGGACAGGGAUAGCAGCCAUCGCAGGAGCCACCGUCAUCAUCGUGGGCACUCAGAAGUAUCUUCAUCUUCGAAAGAUUCUAGAGACAAGCGAAGAUCUAGGGAUACACCUAAAGCUCCCGAAGAAAGCACGACUAAAAGAUCACACAAUCGAAGCCCUGAAGAGGUCCCUGUUCCAGCUCCGCCCAAAGUCCCUACUCCUACAAUUCCCGAGGCUGCACCAGUGGCAGAACCGGCACCAGCGACAAUACCCGAACCUCCCGUAGAAGCCACGGACCAACCCGUUGAACCAAAAAGGAGAAGAAAAAGACAUGCAUCUCUCGGUGAUAUUCUUAGGGUGUCUCGGAAGCUCAAAUCAGGGGCCCCUCUGGAACCUGCAGCGCCUCCAGAGCCUCCAAAGAUGGUUGAAUGCGUUACUUGCUUGUCCGAUGAUAUACCGGAAACAGAAGCCGCGCAACUAGAAUGCGGACAUUCAUUCUGUAAUGACUGUCUCGUCCGCCUCUUCGACCUUUCGUUGACAGACCCUGCUCAUAUGCCUCCUCGAUGCUGUCAGUCGUCGCAACACAUACCCCUUCAACAUGUGGAUAAACUGCUUUCGAGAAAAACGAAAAUUCUCUGGAAUAAGAAGUACCAAGAAUAUACAACCGUCAACCGGCGAUAUUGCCCGGCUACGGACUGUGGCGAAUGGAUCAAGCCCACUGAUUUCAGCACAGUUGAAGGUGUUGAAGUGGGAACUUGCCCGCGGUGCAAGAUGGCUAUCUGCGGUCUUUGUGGUCUCAAAGAACACGGUAAAGAGGAGUGUCCUAAGGACGAUUUCUUGAAUCAGGUUCGUGAACUCGGGAAGGAGUUGGGCUGGCAGAGGUGCUACAGCUGCAGAGCCAUGGUGGAACUUGAGAGGGGGUGUAACCAUAUGACAUGUCGUUGCACAGCAGAGUUCUGCAUGAUCUGUGGCGCCAAGUGGAAAACCUGUGAAUGCCCAUGGUUCAACUUCCCGCCAGAGGAAGACGAUGCCCCACCUCCACGUCUCAACGAAAAUGGUCAUUUGGUUGACGACUUGGCUUGGGGUUGGGAUCCUCGCACUGAAGAUGACGAACGCGUCGCCCGCCAACUUGCGGCAGACUUUGAGGAACUUGAUGUCAAUGAACGAGAUCCCCACGCUCGAACCGCCUGGGCUCCCCUGUUCACUGGAGCAAUUGGUGAAGGUGUCCUGAGACUCCUAGGAAGAACUCGCCACCUUGAGGGAGCCGCGUUGGAUAGGCUCCGACGAGCAUAUGCUACGGCUUUCGACGAUGACUUCAUGCCGGGCGAUAGUGACCACGAGAGCGACGACGAGGUUGCUGAUUUCAUGGGUGGUAACCAAAACUCUUCUUCUCAUAGAAAUAUGCCCCCAACCCUUCGUACUACUCAAUCCGACGACCAUGAACGUCGCCGCAAGAAGCGGGACUCUACUUAUAAUCUCGACUGGAGUCCACACCACUCUCAGGAGGAUCUAAGCGAAGGGGGUGUAGACUUUGGAUUUUUCCCCCAGCUUACGAAGAGCUUCCUCCCACGCAUGUUCGGUGGACACCACAACACAGAUCACCAAACAGAAAAUUCCAACGGCAUGCGCGAGGACAUGGGGCGGUACGGUGAUCUUCUUCAGGGAGAUCUUAAUGGCUCAAGGAAGGAACUCGGAAGGGUUAACUGGGGUGGAGUAGGUACCGCUUAG